AUGAAAAGAUUAAAGAGAAUCGAGGAUAAUCAAAGAAAACGUCAAAAGAAGUCGCAAGAGAUUAUAUUCGUGGCUCAUGACAAAAUUACUUUACCUAAACGAUCUGGAACUUUGGGUAGCAAUUUAUAUGCUUUAUCAAAUCAAUUUAAUGGUGAUGAUAAUAGAUCCAAGUACUUGAAAAGUCUUUCAUUGAACGGAAUUCUGGACAUUUCAAGUUCUGGACAAGAUUCUCAAGUUGGUAAAUUAGAUUUAUCAUUAUCAUCCAACGUUAUGAAGAAGCUUAAAACAACUGUCACCGGAUAUGAAGUUGACAUUACCCAAAUCACAGAUUUGACCAAGUUUGGAGCAACACAUCCACAAGUCACACAUGCUAGAAUCCAGUUAUAUUAA